AUGGCGGAACCCAUGUCGACGCUCUCUCCAGAGAAAGUCAAUUCCAAUUCGAAUGCCAUGCAUUACGAUGACGACCUUGACAUUUACGAGGGGCCUUCCAGCCCGUUUCUAGAGCAAAUCGAACAAGACAACCAGGAGAAUGUUGCACCCAGUAGCACUGCGACGCCCGUAAAGGGACAGCUUAUUGACUUUGGAGACGACGACAUGCCGCAGUCGGCAUUCAAGGUCGAAUCGGGGAAGAAAAGCCCUUUGAAGCAGCGCAGCAGCCCGAUCAAGAAGUCGCCUGUAAAGGACCUGCUGCAGGACUUUGAUAACGCGGCGGGGCAGACGCCCAAUAGAAGUCGUGCGAGCACACUAAAGAGCUCCCCAUCCAAGGAACACAUACUAGACGACUUGGAAGGCGCCACAGCACGAACCCCUCACAGAAGCCGCACCAGCACCCUAAGAAGCUCUCCGAGCAGACCACAGAUUGCCGAAGAGUUUCCUGGGUCCGUCAGCAGCACUCGCACCCGCAAGAGCCGGUCGCCUUCGAAGUCGUCGGUCCUCUCUUCCGUUCCCUCGGACAUCGAGGCAACUCCAAGCGCACCCUCGCUUGGCGCAGCCAUCGAUCUACCCCCCACAUCUUCGAAGCGCCCAUCACCUUCGCAAACCCCGUCACGACGUGGUGCAGAGCUGCGCGAUAAUGAGGGCCUCACAGUUGCAGCGAACAGAUUCAUAGAGGAUUUCGAUGCCGACCGAAGUCAUAAGAGACGCAAGUCGCAUGAGAAUCAAUAUCAAGUGAACAUGGAGGCCGACAUCACCGAGUUCAACCCGGAUGCCACAACGCCAGAUGUCGAUGAUACUCGCUUCAGCGACUUCUCGGAGAUGCCAGGUUUGGACAUGACCAAGUUUGCAUCAUUCAGGAAGAGUCCCACCCAGAACAGCGACGCAACACCACGCGCUCGCGCACAGAUGACGCCUUCCAGGGUCUGUCGAUCGGAACGUACACCUUCACAGACACCUCGUCGCUCAUAUAAAGACAACGAUACCACGAACCUGCUUCUCGAUUUUACCGCUCAGAUUGAGUCCUUUGGAGUAUCUCGAAAUGGCACGCCUUCGCACGCCUCUGGCAUGUCCAUGACAGAACCGAACCUUCGCUCCUACUACCAGAACAAGCGAUCACCAGCUAAAGGCGGAUACGUUCCAGCUACACCUGGUCAGAAUCGCCCAUUGUUGAACCUUCUCGAUUUCGAGUUGCCUCCGCCACCAACACCACGAUCGCUGCCUACUGUAACCAUUCGCGAGAUGGAAUCUGCCAAAUCGCAUUUCCAAUCUCAGAUCUCGUCGCUCACAGCAAGUCUGUCAGGAAAGGAAGCUGAGGUUGAAUCCUUGUCUCGAGCAAUUGCGGAUGCCGAGCGUCGGGUUGGUGAAGCGCAAGAGACUGUGCGUGACGAGCGCUCAGCGCGCGAGUAUGCGGAAGCACAAAUGGAGGACUGGAAAAAGAAGGGUGAGGAAGUGCAGACUAUCCUGCAAGACGUACAGUCCGAGCUGGCACGCAACGAUGACGAACGUGAGCAGCUUCUCGCGCGCUUGACUGAAGCUGAGAGACGCGCUGAAGAUGCAGAACACCACUCCACCGAGCUCGAAACCAGGCUUAUUGAGGCGGAGAGCAAAAAUGUCGACAUGACAACGUUCAUCAACGACGAUGAAGAUGAAGACAAGAAGAUCUACUCGGAAAUGGAGUGUCAGUCUGCUAUUGCGGAAAAGGUCAACGAGGUGGCCCGUGAUCUCCACGCUGCGUACAAGGCGAAACACGAGAAGAAGAUCAAAGCUCUCAAGGACAACUACCAGAAAAAGGCGGAUGAACGCUGCAAGGAACUUCGCGUCCAGAUUACCCGUUUGGAACGCCAGAUUGGGGAUGCCGAGGAGAAGUGCGACGACACAUUUAGCAAAUUUGAAGAGUUGGGAUCAAGAUCUAGCGGUCCCUGCGAGAUAUGCGCAAAGAACGCAGCCGUAGCACCCACCUCUAACCCUGAGGAGAUCCAUAAGCUCGAAGCCCAGCGUUCCGAGAUUGAAAACCUCAAAGCGAAGCUCGCAGGCCUUCAGUCCGAACUGCACUCGCUCCGCAAAUCUCAAGACACUCUCCUCGAAGAACUCGAAGCCGAGCGCGUUGAGAAGGGCGAACUCGUCGCAGCCGCUGAGCAGAUGCUUGUCCUAUGCGGCGAGAAAAUGGAGUCGAUGCAACAGGAGGACUUCCGUCGGAGUCAAGCAGCUCCUGCGCCUCCGCUGGAACCACGACCAACCAGCAAGCAGACAAGACAGCAACCGGCGCCCGAACAGGCAAUGCGUAACACGGGUUUCCUGGCCGGUGGGAGUUCAGUCAGCUCCUCGGCGUCGCGCCCUGGAUCCUCACUUUCUAGCAGUCGCUCAGGCGAAUCAAAGCCCAAGCCCAGCGGCAUGCGUGCACCAGGGGGUUUUGGGUUCAAGGCAGCCGGCGAGUCAGCGCUGAGUAAGAGUCAGAGUGGCGCAGGCAAGAGCAGGCUCUUGUCUAAUAUCGAGCGUAUGGGUGGUACAAAGGGCCAGGAGUAG